UAUUUUUGCACGUCAGGUUACUUUCCAAAAAUAUCCCAAUCAUUUCCUGCAUGUGAAAACAGUUCUGAGAGGGAUUUUGUCAUGCACGUCCAGGGAAAAAAAGGAAAAGAAAAGCCUGAUGUUUUCUUGUGAAAGUAAAAGGCUUUUGUUGGUGAUAAAUAGUUCCUGUGAGGUUAAAGUGUGUCAGCGCGAGCGUGAUCUGGAGCUGCUGCGCGUGAUUUUCUCUCUCUCUCUCUCUCUCUCUCUCUCUCAGGAUUCAUUUCUACAGCCUAAACCAAAACAGCCUGUGCUGUCCACAAUAUAAUCCUAUCUUCUUCUUCUCUCUAUUUCCCUCAUUUAUUUUGAAUUCUGACCAUUUAAAAAAAAAAAAAGUCUGAAAAACGCAUAGAAUUGCACAGAGCAGCUGAAAUUCGAACAUUUUUAAAUCCUAGUGCAGUAAAUUUCUACCUUAUUUUGUAAAUGAAUUGAUUGCUUUGCAGAGACAAAAAUAUGCAUGCGCAUAAUCUAGAUAGAUUACAAUACAUUUAAUAUUCUAAAUUGACAAAGUAUAAUUUAAACAUAAACAUACUAUGAAAUAUCUAAAGGUCUAUUAUAAAAAUCGAAACUCUUCAUUUUAUACACUUGUUUUUGUAUGAAAGACUUUAAUUGGUUUGUCUGUCGACACAAAUGAUUAGAGAGUUCAUAAGUUUGUCUUUUCUCACACACUCACGCGCGCGCGCCUUCAGAAGCUCUGACCAAUGAGCGCGUGAGUGACGGUACGACCGGACAGCACGGGACCGUUUCAGACACACACACACCCGGUACCUGAUGAUGAACGAUCACCGGAGGAGAUGCAAGCUGUAGAAUAGAAUAGAAUAGAAUAGAAUAGAAUGUUGUGGAAAUAUUGAUCCCAAACAAAAGCUAGUUUUGGGAAACGGAAUCAGAUUCGUAAAGUUUCGCUGCUGUCUGAGGCCUGCGCGGGUCAGAUGCGCGUCCACGCGUCUCUUGUACACCUGUCCGGUGAGCUCCGCGUCUCUCCCGCUGGAUGUAUCGAGACUUUUAAAGGGAUUUGAACUCAAUUAAACGGCACGAUGAAGGAGAAAUCGAAGACAGCGGCGAGGACGCGCCGGGAGAAGGAGAACAGCGAGUUCUACGAGCUCGCCAAAAUGCUGCCGUUACCGUCCGCGAUCACGUCUCAGCUGGACAAAGCGUCCAUCAUCCGCCUGACCAGCAGCUACCUGAAGAUGCGACUGGUGUUCCCGCAAGGUUUGGGGGAGGUGUGGGGUCGAGCCAGAUCUAUAGAUAACAGCACGCAUGAGCUCGGAUCUCAUUUACUCCAGGUAAUAAUCAGCAAGAUGCUUCAGACGUUAGACGGGUUUAUAUUUGUAGUCGCUGCUGACGGAAAGAUCAUGUACAUUUCUGAGACGGCGUCGGUCCAUCUGGGACUCUCACAGGUAGAAUUGACCGGAAACAGUAUUUACGAAUAUGUUCAUCCGGCCGACCAUGACGAGAUGGCCGCGGUUCUGACGCCACAACCGUCAUACCACUCGCACUUCGUCCAAGAGUAUGAAGUGGAGCGAUCGUUCUUCUUGAGAAUGAAGUGUGUUUUGGCUAAGCGUAACGCCGGGCUCACGAGUGGAGGAUAUAAGGUGAUCCACUGCAGCGGCUAUCUGAAGAUCCGGCCACUGGGUCUGGACGCGUCUCCGUUCGACGGCUGUUAUCAGAACGUGGGUCUGGUGGCGGUGGGACACACGUUACCGCCCAGCGCCGUCACCGAGAUCAAACUUCACAGCAACAUGUUCAUGUUUCGGGCCAGUCUGGAUAUGAAGCUCAUUUUCCUGGACUCAAGGGUUUCAGAGCUGACAGGAUAUGAGCCACAGGACCUGAUUGAGAAGACCCUGUAUCAUCACGUGCACAGCUGUGACAGUUUCCACCUGCGCUGCGCUCAUCACCUCCUGCUGGUGAAAGGACAGGUCACCACUAAGUAUUACCGCUUCUUGUCGAAGCACGGCGGAUGGGUUUGGGUUCAGAGUUACGCCACAAUCGUGCACAACAGCCGCUCGUCUCGGCCGCACUGCAUCGUCAGCGUCAAUUACGUCCUCACGGACACUGAAUAUAAGGGCCUGCUGCUGUCUCUGGACCAGCUGAACCCCAGUAAACCUGCGUUCCCGUACACGAACCACACCGAGCGAGAGGACAAACCUCAAGUGUCAAACGCCAGGAGUAAGAUCUUGGUUUCUCCUUACUCACAGUUCUCGGCCUUCCAGCCGGAUCGCUCGGAUUCCGAGCCCGACAGCCAAUGGGGCGGCAGUCCUCUGACAGACUCCGCCUCUCCGCAGCGCCUGGAUCACGGCGAUGCUGACCGACGCUUCCCCGAGGCGGGAGUUUCCCUGUGUUACGGUCUCUCUCAGGCUGACGUGAUGCACAUGGCCUCACAUGCGUGUCCUCCAGCACACGCGGCGCCGUGUGAUCCGGCCGGACGUUACGGCUGGUGGGACGCCACGCGGUCUGUCCCGUCUCUUACUAAAGCAACUCAACACAACGGAGGAGAGUUCGACGGCAGAGCGUUUCCUCAUGCUCACGCUCACUGGGACGACGAGCGCGCGGUCAGUUCUCCGGAAGGAGGAGGAGGGUCGUCGGGUGAUUCUGGAGACAGUUGCCAUGACAACGGGCCGUUUCACUCGAGCCCGCGGGAGUCCGAGAGGAUGGAAACCCUGAUCAGAGCCAAACAGGAGCUGAUUAAGGUGGAGGACAGUCAGAUGAGAGAUUAUCCCUCUUCCGUCCUGUUUUCCUCCAUGGUCUGCCGAGGGCCACCGGGGCCCCGCCUCAUCCUGAGCCGAGACGACGACCAGGACGGGAGAAGUCCCGCGUCUCUGUCCGGUCUGAGCAGUCCGGGGUCUGCGGGCGACUGUCGGCAGCCGCUGGACAGAGAGACGCUGGACGGGCUGGUGCGCUCGGGUCGCCUGGAGCCUCCCGACGGAGCCGAGAGCCUGAGAGCUUUUCCCGCUCAUUACGAUGUGAACUCACACAUGCACUUUCAGACGAGCGCCGCGCACACACACAACGGCACGUCGGUCAUUAUCAGCAACGGCAGCUGACGGGAAAAACGCUCCUCAACCUUCUCAGCUGGAGACGAACCGAUCGGCUAAAAAAAAUCAAUGUUAACACGGAAAAAAGAAGGAAAAAUCCCGCAUCACACCAGUACUGUCAAGAACAUGUGUCGGUCACAUCUCAACCCGAAGAAAAGGAAUAAAUUAUAUUUUGCAUGAAGAAUAUGAAGUCUUAAUUCUCAUUACUUUGAUGCGAAACCAAUUCCAGAUCAUUGGAACUACAGUAAUGAGAAUUUGAUUAUUAUAAUCAUAAAAUAAUCAGCUUCAUUUUGUUUGUGCAGAAUAUAAUUUUUGGAAAUUUGAAAAACCACGAAAUGAUCAACACUGUCAACUGAAAUUAAGUUUUAUAUACAAGCAAUUCAAUAAAUCCAAAAGCGUGUGUUUACUGAAGUAUUUUCAGGCAUUUAUAUUUGAGAAGAGCUGAGCAUUUGAUUGGGAUUUUACUGUAUGACAUACUCUAACAUCAUAGUGUCCUUUGCUUUGAUUUCUGCAUGUAUGCAACUAUGACUAGAUGCAUUUUUACAUGCAUAAAACGUGUAUUUUUCAACUGAAGUCUGCCGUUCUCCGGGAUAAUAAUGUCAUGCCGGUGUUUCUGUCCUGUGACGUGAGUAUCAGAGCGGCUGAGAAAUUACUGCUGUCUGAUGUCACGUCCAGAUGUUAAACACAUUGGAGAAUUACUGUGUGUGUGUGUGUGUGUGUGUGUGUGUGUGUGUGUGUUUUGGGCCUCUCGCCACAAAUGCCUCUAAGGCAUUCAGAUGCAUUACAGCUCCAAACCUCUACACACACACACACACACACACACACACACUCACACACACUUUCAUAUCUCAAAGAUAGUAAACAAAUAAACACACUGAUCAAUCCCAUAAACAAUGAAGUAUUAAAUUAAGUAUUAAACUUAAUCCAGCAACACACCAUAACCAUAAGUCCACAAGUUUAGUAAUGAAUUGUUCAAACAUUCUUCAUGACAUCACAGUAUGAUAUCCAAUCAGCUAGAACCUCUCUGAUAAGCUCCGCCCCUUCAGCGCUGUCUGUCUCCCCUCAACCCCCCGAUGGGUUUCCCGUCUCUCUGUGUUUCUUGUUGUGUCUCAGUAAGCGUGGUAAUGUAUUCUAGCUCAGGUCUGUCUCAUGGGAAGAUUAAUAACUAAUUACUACAGGUCACUCAAGCAGAUGGGUCUCCAGAGUGUGUGUGUGUGUGACUGAGAGCGAGAGAGUGUGUGUGUGUGAGUGCAUAUGUGUGUGUGUGAGUGUGUGUCUCAGUCGCGACUCAUGAAUUCAUGUCUCCUAUCUGAGAUGUUGCACCAUGUACAGGAUUCUGUAUCGAAUGCUGCAGUGCCGUGAGCAACAGAUGGCACAGCUCACACACACGAGAUCCACCAAUAGCAAACCACAACCAUCCAAUCAAUUCCCCACAGACAGAAUCAAGCCCCGCCCUACAUUUGUUCUUGUUCCAGAACCCGUUUUAUUUGGACAUACGGCACAAUAGGAGAGUAAAGACCAGCGCAGCUUCCCUUUCAUGCCGACUUUAAGAAACAAAUCCUAUUAUCUUUCUAACUUAAGAACAAACUUAAGAAUCAGCUGUCAUGUUCUUCUCAUUUCCACAAAUGUAAGUGGCCUAAAUCAGCAUUAAAAACAACAGAUUCUACCCAGCUAACAGGUUACGAACAAAUGUUCUUCCAGUAACAUUAAAAUAAUGUUAUCUGGUCUUUAAUAAUGAUCCCUUUGCUGCAUCGAUUGAUGUUUUGGGAACGCUCUACGUGAUUGCAUCGUGAAGCACAUCUGAAGUGGUGUGACAAGAUGUCAGAGGCAUGUUUACAGUGCCCAUUUCCCCUCGUUAGGGGGCCGUUCUGCCAACCCUGCCACCUCGCAUACUUCGGGGCGCAGCAAGUUCUUAUUUUAGUGUCUGCCCGGAAACAUAGCAGCGCUGGGGAUGCAUCUGAGAAGGGAUUUUAGAGCGACCAGUGUUUGUUCCCUGCCGGUUCGCUGCUUCAGGGCAUUGGAGUGGUCGCUUGGAAAGUAGAUUAUCUGACAGUGUGGAAGCUACUGCCAAAUAUAUCUCGUUGGGUCCUGUGCACAGUCGAAAAGGGUUACGCUAUUCAGUUGGGGUCUCACCCACCCAGAUUUAUGGGGGUCCUACCCACAGUGGGCCCCAAGCAAGCUCUGGUUAUGGAACAAGAGGUAAAAACUUUGUUGGAGAAGGAAGCCAUAGAAUGUGUUCUUUCUUCCCGUUUUCUACAGCCGGUAUUUUAUCGUUCCGAAGAAAGAUGGGGCGGGGUUGCGUCCCAUUUUGGAUCGGAGUCAUCUGAACCAGUCAGUCAUGCAGCUCAAGUUUAAAAUGUUAACCCUGAGACAAAUAAGGUCACAGAUCUGAGGACUGGUUUGUCACGAUAGAUCUCAAGGAUGCAUACUUCCAUGUAACCAUCCUUCCACAACACAGGAAGUUCCUGAGAUUCACUUUUGGGGGUGAAGCAUACCAAAAUCAGGUUCUUCCAUUCAGCCUAGCUUUAACACCCCGCACUUUCACCAAAUGCACUGCACUGGCACCGUUGCAUCUACAGGGCAUCACAUGAAAAUGUUGAGAGUGUACUUUCUCCAGCACAGAGGACCACUUUUCUAGGCAUGGUGUGGGAUUCGGUUACGAUGCAAGCACGUCUUUCUCCUGCAUGCAUCGAGUUGAUCCUAUCAACCGUAAACUGAAUAAAGCUAGGCCAGUCACUCACUGUGAAACAGUUUCAGAGACUGUUGGGUUUGAUGGCAGCAGCAUCCAAUGUGAUACCUUUUGACCUGUUGUAUGCGAGAACCCUAUAGUGGUGGCUCAGGACCAGGGGGUUUUCCCUGACAUGCUUAUGUGGAAGAAACCCUGGUUCCUAUCCCAAGGUUCCAUGUUGGGAGCUCCUUGUUGUCGCAAGAUGCUAACAACGGAUGUUUCCCCUACAGGUUGGGAAGCGAUUCUAGACGGUCGCUCAAGGCCUGUGGGAGGGACACCAUCUCUCCUGGCAUAUCGUUAGGAAAUGUUGGCUGUCUCUCAAGAAUUUCCUCUCAGACCUCAGGGACCACCAUGUGCUUGUCCAGUCAGACAACACAUCAGUGGUCGCCUACAUCACCAGGGGGGUUGGCGCUCGCAUCCACUUUGCAAACUGGCACACCAAGUUCUCCUGUAGUCCCAGGGAAACUGCUUAGCCUGCAUCCCAGGGCGCCAAAAUUAGGGAGCAGACAUCCUGUUGAGACAGGAGCUGAAGUCCAAGGAACGGAGGCUCAACCUUAAGGUGUUCGGCCAGGCACAAGUGGAUCUGUUUGUGUCUCGAGAGACAUCUCACUGUCCACUCUGGUUCUCUCUCAUGCAUCCAGCUCCUCUUGGAUUUGAUGCUAUGGUUCAGACAUGGCCGAGGCUGCGUCUGUACACAUUUCCCCCAUUUGCUUUGCUCCUAGGAGUCUUGGAAAGAGUUUGCCGGGACCAGGUCCGGCUCACCUUGAUCGCCCCACGAUGGCCGGGUAGAGUGUGGUCAUGUCUCUCCUCGACGGCUCUUCUUGGGAGAUUCCGAUCAAGAGGGACCUCCUGUCCCAGGCAGGGGGCUUAAUACUUCACCCCCGCCCAGAACUGUGGAAACUGUGGGCUUGGCCUCAGCUCAUAGAUUCUGGUCUCUCAGCUGAGGUUGUUGAGACCAUCCUUCACUCCAGAGUUCCCUACAUGAGGAAAUUGUAUGCCCUAAAGUGGAGAGUUUUCAAUUCUUGAUGCAAUGGUUGUCAGCUGGACCCAGUUAACUGCCCUGUUGUUACACUGCUGGAGUUCCUGCAAGAGAGAUACACUGCAGGGUUAUCCCCUUCCACUUUAAAGGUUUGUGUGCCAGCAAUAUCUGCUUACCACAUUCCUUUGGGUGGAAUGUCUUUAGGGAGAGACCCAUUUGUUACACGUUUCCUCUGUGACACAUUGAGUACGCACUAGGGUCCCAGCUUAGGACUUGGCUUUGGUGCUCCAAGGCCUGUUCCUGGCUCCCUUUGAGCCUAUUGAAGAGGUUCCAGUCAAGUAUUUGACUCUCAAGAUGACACUUCUCUUAAAAAGAUAGGAGAUCCACAAGCUCUAUCUAUUGCCUCUUCAUGUUUGGAAUUUGUACCAGGCAUGGUAAAGGUGUUCCUUCACCCUAGGUCAGGGUACUUCCCUAAGGUCCCCACUAAUGUGGCUAUAUCUAUUGUGCUGCAAGCCUUCUGUCUUCCUCCCUUCAGAAAUUCUGACCAGGAACAUAAUAAUCUGCUGUGCCCAGUUCAGGCGUUAGAUGCUUAUGUUCACAGAGCUGCCCUGUGGCGUAAGCCUGAACAGUUGUUCAUCUGUUUGGCUCUCCUUGCAAAGCGUCCUCAGCAUCUAAGCAGAGGAUGAGCAAGUGGAUAGUCGAGGCUAUCUCUCUUGCUUAUGAGUCUGAUGUCAGUCCGAGCCCGCUCUACUAGGAGUAUGGCUGCCUCUAAGGCUCUUUUGUCAGGAAUUUCUCUUCAAGAUGUUUGUGAUGCAGCAGGCUGGUCCUCACCGCACACAUUCGUGAGGUUCUACGACCUGGACUUGAGCUCUACCCCAGGGGCUCAGGUGCUCCAGUCCUAGUAGAUUUCACACUAGACAAGCACUUGUCAUUAUGAAGGCAUGGGUAUAAGCGUUCCCACAGCAUCAAUCGACACAGCGAAAGUGUUCCCUUGAAAGGGAAUGCCUCUGUUACAACUGUAACCUUGGUUCCCUGGAGAGGGAACAAGACGCUGCGUCACCCCGCCAUACUUCCGCCGUGCUUGUCAGCGAUUUACUUCAGACUAUUAGAAGCUAGUGCUGCACUGUUUGGGCAUGAUCUAUAGUUUCUUGUUUGUGACGUCACCCGGUUCUGACGUCUCGUCACACCAUUGGACUAAUUUCACAUCACGCAGAGCGUUCCCACAGCAUCAAUCGAAGCAGUGUCUUGCUCCCUCUUCAGGGAACCAAGGUUACAGUUGUAACAGAGGCAUCUAACAUUUUUUUUUAUGUUUUUACUUGUUUCAGAAUGUUUAGAGAACAUUCAAGAGUAACGUUCUCAUGAUGUUUAAAGAAUGAUGAAAUGGAAUGUUUUCUUAACGUUCACAUAACCAAGAAAAAAACAUUUUUAAAACAUUUUACGUUUCGGAUGUUUAGCGAACAUUUAGGAACUUAAUGAAAACGUUAGCAAAAUGUUCUUAAAACAUAUUCUUUCAAACAGGUUUCCAUCACACACACACACACACAUACAGGAAGUGAUGCAGAUGUCUGUUGGGAAUCCAACUGCUCAAUAUCUAAUUGAGACAUUCCAUGAGCGCAGAGCAGAACGAGGCAUCUGAUGAACAUUAACCUGAUCUCCAUGCCUGUGUGUCUGUGAACACUGAACUGAUGCUUUAUUUUUACCUUAACAGAUAAAUGUGUGUGUGUGUUACUGCCUCCCAGCCUGGUUGAUUUAUGAGCUUUCAAAGUUCUGUAAGCUUCAACCACCAGCUGCAAUUCAGAUGGUGAAGAACUGAACACACACACACACACAUAUAUUUGCUCACAUUAGCUUGUCUGACUCUGAAUCACGCACAGAGUUGUGGGGGUGUGGAUGGGCGUUUCCGAUGCCUCGUUAAGUGGCCGUUCUGAAACAGACCAUUAACCCUCCACAGCCCUGUGAAAGUUCAGCAGUCAGAAAGAGUGAUGUGUGAUCGAUUCAUGCAGUGAAUCAGGUGUGAGUUUACCCAGAUAACAGGGAACAUUGUGGCAAGGUUCUCUCAAUGUUGUGACCAAACGUUCUUCCAGUAACAUUAAUAGAACAUUCGUUCAAAGCUAUCUAAGGUUCUCAAAACAUAAUUUAUACACCCUUUUAUCCCCCUGAAAAUUUUUAGUUGAAAACAAAUCAGAGAUUAAACUAUUUGCAUAAUCAUGCUUUCAUUAGCAUAACCACAAUCACACAGAGGAAAUAUUAGUCAUUAUCAAAAUCCUCUGUGAAUAUGAAUAAAUCCUGCUGAUAUGUAAAUAAAACACACAAAACAUGACUAAUUCUGAAGCACGUUUGUUGUGUGCGGUUUUUUAAUUUAUCAAAACAUGUAAAUAUGACUUAUUCAAAACAGAUUCACCAAUGUAAUGGGUCUGGAGGGAAAAGCCAAUGUCUUAUUAUUAAAUGAACAUUAGUGAAACGGCGCCCUCUGCUGCCCACAGAACGACAUACACACUUAGAAGUUUUUGACACCAUCCUCCUAAACCUAGCUAUUUAAAGGGACAGUGCACCCAAAAAUGAGCACUUACUCACCCUCCAGUUGUUCCAAACCUGUAUGAAUUUCUUUCUUCUGCUGAACACAGAAGAAGAUAUUUUGAAGAAUGUGGGUAACCAAACAGUUGAUUGGCCCCAUUGACUUCCAUAGUAUGAAAAAAAGAAAAAAAAAACUAUGGAAGUCAAUGGGGCCAAUCAACUGAGAAC